CUCGCGCGGCGGCUGAGCUUCCGACUUCCUGUUCCAGUCCGAAGGGUUAAACUAGCUUGGCGGAGGGGGGAUGAGCGUCUCGGCGGAAAUAAAGGCUAGCCAAAUGAAAGUGGACUAGGAACCGGGACAAGAUGAGCUGGAUUCCCUUCAAGAUUGGCCAACCGAAGAAGCAGAUUGUCUCGAAAACCGUUGAAAGAGACUUUGAGCGGGAAUAUGACAAGCUCCAAAAGCUGGAGGAUCAGACAAAGAAACUUCAUAAGGACAUGAAGAAAAGCACCGAGGCUGAUAUAGCCAUGUCCAAGGCAGCAGUGAAGAUCUCUGCAGACCUACUGAGUAACCCGCUUUGUGAGCAGGACCAGGCCUUUCUGGAGUCUAUGACCGCUCUGGAUACAGCAAUGAGAAGGAUGGACUCCUUCAACCAGGAAAAGGUCAACCAGAUCCAGAAGACCGUGAUCGACCCUCUGAAAAAAUACAGCGGCGUGUUCCCCAGCCUCAACAUGGCGGUCAAACGCCGGGAACAGGCGCUGCAGGACUACAAAAGGUUGCAGUCCAAGGUGGAGAAGUACGAAGAGAAAGAGAAGACGGGGCCCAUCAUGGUCAAGCUGCAUCAGGCCCGAGAGGAGCUUAGACCAGUCCGGGAGGACUUCGAGGCCAAGAAUAAGCAGCUGCUGGACGAGAUGCCCAAGUUCUACCACAGCCGCAUUGACUACUUCCAGCCGAGCUUUGAGGCGCUCAUCCGGGCGCAGGUGGUGUACUUCACUGAAAUGCACAAGAUCUUCAGUGAGUUAACAGACCAGAUAGACCAGGCGGGGCUGACGGACGAACAGAGGGAGCGAGAGAACGAGGCCAAGCUCAACGAGUUGCGCGCUCUCUCUAUUGUCGCCGAUGACUAAAGAAGGAAGCCUCGGAAGGGGAAGAGCGGUACAAUACACUCUUUUCCUCCUUUUCACGCCUAGCUGACCGGAUUGCACUCUUUCAGGCCUCUCUACACCGUUCCACCAUGUGGCGCGGGGCCUUUAUCCCGAUUACCAGUCCCCCCCCCCCCCCCGUGCCCAUCUAACCACCGUGCCCCCAUCAAACACUGCUCGCCCUCUUCAUCACUCGACUUUUCAUUCUACCUUUUCUAAGAUCUUUCUUCACCUCAGAAGUAAUACGAAUGCUGCAUCUACUAAGCCAUCGGCCCAUUAUGAGACGGUCUUGUCUUUUUUUUCAAUGAAGGAAUAAAACGGCUCUUCUCAGAGCUCAUUUGCAGGGUGUCACUUCUCGAUUUCAAACUUGUCUAUUCGCUUUCAAGUUAGAAAGCAAGAAGGAAACUUGUUUUUCCAAUCUCGUUUGCUGACACCAGCGAAGCAAUAUGUCUAAAGUGGGAUCAUCAGUGGCAAAAUUUUCACAUUCUUAAAAACUAGUGUGUCCCGUUGGACUGAACGUCCCCAGUACUGUCCAGGCUGUAAAGCCAGAAGGUUGGUAUAUGCUAUGGGUUUUAAAAUGUUCACUCUGUGCUUGUUAUAUCUCACCCUAGCUAAUGAGGGUUAAUCACUAAUUAAGCUCUGUGCCAUGUUGAACGAGAGGUUUUAUUUACCGGGGUGUAUAGUUCAGUUAGCCUUACUCGUGUCGGUAAGACAUCAUGGUAACCUACCUGUCAGUAGUGCGACAGUGCCUGUACAGCAGUGUGGAAAGAUGUGCAGUAGAACCUGAGGAGGGGAACGAGUCAUUGUUACGGACACUAAAUCAUCUCCCAACAUCAGACUGCUGCUCCCUCUAGUGGAAGAGAUCGGUCAUGUUUCCGCCGCUGCCCUCCAUUCAAAUUGUGUGCGUCCUUUGUUCUGUUGUUUGUCGUUUUUACAGUGCCUCUGAUGGGGAAGAACCUUUUUAUACACCGUUUAAGCUCUACAGUGUCUUGUCUGCACACCAUGCAUGCCAUAAAGUCAGGCGAGAGAGGCCAAUCCUUGGUUUCCUUUGCCUUUCGGACCAAAUCACAUUGGCAUUCAUCCCUAUUCUCUCCAUCUUGUCAGGUGUUGCCUCAAAAUGAUGACUAUGUAAGUCAGUGUGGCAAAAUAUUGACGUCAUUGUUUAUAUUUACAAAAUAGCUGAUUUACGGACAAAAACGAACGCUUUCAGGACUGUAAAGUUGGUUAUUAGAGAAUGCCCCAUUCGUUGUGUACUGCAAUGCAGUUUGUUGGCUAUAUAUAGAGUUGCAUUUUUUUUAAAGUUGUAAUACGUGGUUUAUUUAACACAGCCGAGUGACUAGUUUAACAUCAGACUUGAGUUUUAUGCUUUUCAGAACCGUCUUAAUAUCAGGAAACUGUUUGACACACGUCGGGCCUGCUUUACAUCGUCAUUUUUCUGUGUACAAUUAUGAAAUAAAUGGGUCUGUGAGAA